AUGAGCUUCCACGAGUCCUCUCAGAACAUCCGCCUCGAGGAAGACGGCCGCGUCCUCGUCGCUGACCUCAGAAACGGAGCUGGCGACAUGGUCACUGCCCGUCUCGACCUCAACUCAGUCCUUGGAAACUCCAACGGACACUUCUCCUGGGGAGACAGAGACUUCUCCGGAAGUGCUUCGAACAUCCGCCUCGACUUUGACCCGCCAUUCAACCUGCCUAUUCUGCGAGCGAAUCUGAUUGCUGCCGAUGGCACCGAGGUCCCUAGAGAUGUUAACCUGGCCGAGCGAAUCACCAACAGCGACGGCCGCCUUGAGCUGCAGUAA